ACUGACAUUAGUUUGCUUGGCAUAUUAUUUGUGUUUCAUAAAAAUAAACAAACUUGUCCAUUUAUCAUUUUAUUCACGAAAAACUUUGGCUAAAGGCUAAUUAGAAUUCAUUGCUAGUAAAUAUGGUUAACUAUUGUUGUGUAUACGGAUGCGGGAGAAAUAGCAAAACCAGUAAACAUUUGUAUUACUACGGUUUACCAAAGGAGAGGAACCGGCUACUACAAUGGCUAGAAGCUAUAGGCCGCACAGAUUUACUAGAAAGAGACCAUAAGAAGCUGACACACCGGGUGUGUUCCCGCCAUUUCUCGCCUUCAAAUAUCAAGAACAAACAUCUAUGUGCUGAUGCUGUACCUACUUUAUGCCUGUCCAAUUAUACAAAUGAUGGAACAAACGAGUCAGAAUCUCAGACAGCACAUCACAACAUAGUAUGCAACAGCUGCAACAAAUCCAUCCUUGGUUUCCGAUACAAGUGCAUCACCUGUCCCGACUAUGAUCUCUGCUCCAAGUGCGAGAUGCUGGAAGCACAUGAUCAGCAUUACUUGCUGAGGAUACCUAAGCCUGUUAAUUUUGCCGUAGCAGAUAAUCUAAUAAAGAAAUGGCGAAAAUUGAUCAAAAAAGAAAGCAUAAAUAUCGACACAAAAACCGACAUAGAUUGCAGUAGUAGUGACGAUGAUGUUCCCAUAACUAAAUAUGUCAAGAACUAUGACAGCGGAAUAGACUUGACAGAAGAAGAAAAAUCUAAAAUCAGAGAUGAAGUAACAAGAGUACUAAAUAUUAAGAAUAAUUACACAGAAGAUUUAGCUAAAACCAAGCAGAAAGCUCUUAAAAGAAAACUGCCACAGAAGAAGAGAAAAGACAAAGAAUUUAAGGAGUUGGUGGAGAUUUGUGUUGGUGCAGAAGAGAUGGCCAGUGUCGCUGCCGUGCCAGAAGUCUUCUUUGCUGAUGUCAAUGAUAUUGCUACCAAUCAGAACUUGGAUGUGAAAGAGGAAAUCACUAAUACUCUUACGCCUUUAGUUGCAGAAACAGAAUCACAACUCGAGCAUAGUAUCAAGCUGAAUGAUGAACUGUCCGAGUUCCUGAUAGGAGUCAAGUAUCCUGGAACUUAAAUUGUAAUAUCAAGAUUAUUUCUAAUCUUUUUUCAUAGAAACUGUAAAUAGGAUAAGGAUAAAGACUAAUAAUCGUGUAAAUCUAUAUUUUUAUUUAUGAAAUAUUAUAAAUAAAUUUGAAUGACA